CGUAUUAGCAAAAUACAUACACAGAAAACUAUCUGCAUAUAUACAACACAGAAACUCCACCGACUUAAAUUCCUUGUUUUCCAUGAAACCUCACCGUCACCGUCAUUACUCGACGGCGAUGAACCAGAAAACCUGGCCCAACUCCGCAGACACUUCCCACUACACCGCCCUAUCAUUCUACCACAAAACCCGCAUCGACAAACCACAAAACAACCGCCCCCAUAAGCGCGUAUCCUCCACACGCCGCUGGGUGUGGGUUCCAAAAAUAUCGCCGGAGGCCGAAUCCCGACCGUCGGAUCCAAAACGCGAUUUUUCCAUGCUACCUAACGAUAUUAUCGUAAGGAUCGCCGGGGGUUUCAACCACCCCACGCUGGAAGCGGCGUCGCUGGUGUGCCGCGCGUGGUGCGACGCGCUGCGGCCUUUGAGUCAGGCCAUGAGGUUUUUGGCGUGGGGGAAGAAGUAUAAGCAUGGGAGAGGUGGUGUUGAGGUUGAUCAUGAGAGAGCUCUUGACUAUUUUUUGAGAGGGGUGGCGCGUGGCUCCACUCUCGCUAUGGUUGAUGCUGGGUUGCUUUAUUGGGAUAUGGGGAAGAAAGAAGAGGGGAUGAAGUUUUAUAGAAGAGCUGCUGAGCUUGGUCAUCCUGCUGGUCAAUGCAAUUUAGGUCUUUCUUACUUGCAAAUUGAAUCACCGGACUUAAAGGAAGCAACUAAAUGGUUGUAUAAAGCAGCAAACUCGGGCUACGUACGUGCUCAGUAUCAACUAGCUCUGUGUUUGCAGCAUGGUCGUGGGCUGAAACGUGAUUUGUGUGAAGCAGCUAAAUGGUGUAUUAAAGCUGCAGAAGGUGGGUAUGUGCGUGCUAUGUACAAUACUUCCCUGUGCUAUCAGUGUGGUGAUGGCGUAGCACAGAGCUACCAGCAGUCAAAGAGCUGGAUGAAGCGAGCUGCUGACCGUGGACACAGUAAAGCGCAGUUUGAGCAUGCACUUGGCCUUUUUGCGGAAGGGAAGCUGAAGGCUGCCGCAGUUUACUUGGAGCUUGCCGCGCGGGCAGGGGAAACCGCUGCAGGUCAUGUCAGGACUGCUCUAUUUGAGCAGAUGUCGCCAACUUCACAGGAAAGAACUAUUCAACUUGCUGAUAACUGGCGUCCUUUGCCUGCAGUGCACUAAAUCAAUUAGCAUGCUAGAACUCAGAAGAACUAUGAAACUGUUUGUUUCCUGAAGGUUUUGUUCGACCCUUUCUUUCUCCUUGUGCAUCCUGACUUCCACUUUGUUGUCUUUUUAAAGUUAUGUUGAGUGACAACUUGUAAAUACUUAAAUCUCAAACCAUUCGAUGUAACAAAUUUGCAACAUGUAUCUACAAUAAAAAAGCUUUGCAAGCAAUGUAUCAAGCAACUUUGAUCCCA